GGAAAUCUGAAAUUUUUUAUCGGAAUUUUUUCGCAUUCGAGCAUUUUUAAGGGUUAUCCACCUCGGCAAAUGAUCUACACGUGCGCCACGUGUUUUCCGACUAUGAAACGAGAUCUAACAACACUGGAACCACUGCCCACAGCGAUCUGUUACGGCUGUUCGAUGAAUUGUCAUUCUGGACAUACUCUGCUGGAGUUGUACACGAAGAGGAGAGUGUGCUGUGAUUGUGGCAACUCGAAAUUUCGUCACCCAUGCCAGCUCUAUCCGGGAAAAAAAUUGUUGAACACAUGGAAUCAGUAUAAUCAUAAUUAUGAGGGUCGAUAUUGUGCCUGCGAUCGACCCUACGCGGAUUCGGUACCUUUAUAUGGGUACGACGAGAUUUGGGAGGAAGGUGGCGUGAUGGUACAGUGCAUCGUUUGUGAGGAUUGGUUUCAUGUAAAUGUGGGUUUUGUUUUUAAUUAUUUUUUGGGGAAUUUAUUUGUUGGUUGUGUGCAAUGA